CAGCGCGGGGCAGGCAUGGCGGAGGCGCCGCAGCUGAAGAGGAAGAGGGAGGAGGAGAGGGAGGAGGAGAGGGAAGGGGCCGCGGGCGCCGUGUCCCCGUUCCCGCUGGCGGAGCUGCGGCUGCGGAAGGUGCUGCGGGAGUCGGCGCGGGACAAGGCUGUGUUCCUGCACGGGGAGGUGACCAAUGCCUCUGGAGAGGGCACAGAUGCUGUGAUCAUCCUGGAGAAGACUCCUUUCCAGGAGGAGAAGGUGCUGGAGCUGCUGAAGAAGCACACGAAGCUGGAGCUGCAGAUGCACAACGACAUUUACAGCACCUACCACCUCUAUCCUCCCCCAGAGCUCAGUGAGAUCAAGGCCACGGUGGUGUUCCCUGCCACCCCGAAGCACCUGCACAAGUACCUGCGGCAGGAGGCGUUCCUGGUGCGUGAGAGCUGGCAGGACUACAGCCACAUCACUCUGCCCUUCGUGCAGCAGCAGGCACUCAGCCUCCAGUGGGUGUACAACAUCCUGGAGAAGAAGGCUGAGGCUGAGAGAAUUGUCCACGAGAACCCAGACCCCUGCAGCGGCUUCGUGCUGCUCCCGGACUUCAAAUGGGACCAGAGCCAGCUGGAUGACCUCCACCUGAUCGCGCUGGUGCAGCGCAGGGACCUGCGAUCGCUGCGGGACCUGAGGGCUGAGCACCUGCCCCUGCUGAGGAACAUCCUGACCGAGGGCCAGGAGGCCAUCUGCAGGCGGUUCGGGGUCCCUGCCUGCCAGCUGCGAGUCUUCCUGCACUACCAACCCUCCUACUACCACCUGCACGUCCACUUCACGGCGCUGGGCUGCGAGGCCGCGGGCAGCGCGGUGGAGAGAGCUCAUCUGCUGCCCGAUGUCAUCGACAACCUCCUGAUGGAGCCCUGCUACUACCAGCGCCGAGCCCUGACCUGCCCCCUGCGGGCCGAUGAGCCUCUCCUCAAGAAGUUCCAGGAGGCUGGAAGGCUCUGAGCUGGGGGGGGAGGUUCCUGUGGCUGUUUUAGUGGGGGUUGGGGGUGGGUUUUUUACCUCGGUUUUGUACGGCCUGUUGCCAUGGCAACCACUUAACUUGAGUCCAAGCCUCCCCUGGCUUGCUGGCUCGUGGCACCCCCACGCCGAGGGGGGAGAGAGGCUGGCACAGGUUUGGCCAGCCUCAAGCAUCCCAUUCUGUGCUCCACAGCCUCCCUGCAGAGGUGUUCAAGGCCAGGCUGGGUGAGGCCCUGAGCAGCUCGGGCUGGGGGAGUUGGCACUGCCUGAUCUCUGAGCUCCCUUCCCCCCAAGCCCUGCUCUGGUUCUGUCCUCUUCAAGGCCCCUUCCAGCCUGGCCCCUCCCGUGCCCCCCAGAGCUCCUUCCCAGCCAUGCUGGUGCCAGGAGACUCUCUGCAUGCCCAUCUCCAGCAGCCACCACCACAGGCUGGAGGAGACCUCUUGGCCUCAAAAGCUUCACUGCUUUGCCCUGGGCUUACCCCUGCAGCUUUCCCGGGGUAGGGGAAGGUUCUCUGAGGGUUUUCUAUCCCAAAUAAAUGACUUCAGGAGGUUUUUUCCCUCCCUCCUGACCACUCA